GCUUAUAAAAGGAGAGGACCGUUUCGGUUUCAGACCACUCCCCGGGACACCCACCACCGCGACACUUCUCCUCACCUGAACGGCCCCGUCCACCCGCAAAGCAGCCACCAUGACGCAGCUGGAGACGGCCAUGAGCAUCCUCAUGAACGUCUUCGACACGUACGCCGGGGCCGACGGGAAGCCCGAUUCGCUGAGCAAGACUGAGACCAAAACUCUGCUGCAGAAGGAGCUGCCCGGACUGCUGCAGGCAGCCAAGAACCAAGGGGAGGUGGACAAGCUGCUGCAAGGCCUGGACUUCAACGGGGACGCCGAGGUGGACUUCGGCGAGUUUGUGGUCAUGGUUGCUGCUAUCACCUGUGCCUGCCAUGACCGCUGCGCCAAGAAAUGAGAGAGCAACCAACCGACCGACCGACCAACGACACGCUGCAGCGGAGUCCAGACCAAACCCCCGUUGGUUCCUGUUCACUGUGACGUCCCAAUAAAGCUUUUUUACCUGUGCAUGGUUAUCGAGUGUGGAGUCAUCU